AUGAGGUCAAUUGCAUAAACUUAAAGUACCACAGAGAUGAAACUUAAAGCAGGAAGAAACUUGCCAUCAAUGCACUGGAUGGGAACACGUGUGUCAUGUGAACAGACAUGACAAAAACAGCCCUCCUUAAAUUACUUUUAGCAAUAGUGAUCACAUUCAUUUUAAUUUUGCCGGAAUAUUUCAAGACACCAAAAGGAAACAUGUUGGAGCUAUCCUGUCUGGAAGUGUGCUUACAACCUGAUCUUACCUAUUCAUUCUCUUCCUUAAAUUUUUCUGUUGUGACUUUCCUGCAACCAGUAAGGGAAACUGAAACUAUGAUGGGAAUUUUUCUAAAUCACUCCAACUUUCAAAACUUCACCAGGAUAUGCCCUGACAUCACAAGUGAAUUUCAAAUGUGCUCCUCGUGUUUGGUUUGUGAGUCCAAAGGAAACAUGGAUUUUAUUUCUCAGGAACAAACAUCAAAAGUUCUUAUCAUGAGAGGAUCCAUGGAAGUGAAGGCAAAUGAUCUUUCACCUUGUCGACAUUUUAACUUCACUGUAGCUCCUGCAGUUGACCACUCGGAGGAAUAUAACAUUACCUGUCAUCUAAGAACAGGCACCAGAAGCUCAGCAAUGAUGGAGGAAGAGCCAACCACGGAAAAGUCUAUAGACCAUACUUGUGGAAUUAUGAAUCACUCGAAUAAUUGUGUGCACAUUUCUUUGCACCUUGAAAUGGAUGUAAAAAAUUUCUCUUGUUUCAUGAAGAUCACUUGGUAUGUUUUAGUAAUAUUAGUUUUUAUAUUUUUGCUCAUCCUCAUUAUCCACAAAAUACUUGAAGUCCAUAGGCGAGUGCAGAAGUGGCAGAGUCAUAAAUACAAACCUUCAUCUGUUCUCUUAAGAAGUGAUUCUGAGCAACUCCGAACAUUGGAAAUGCGGGUAAUUUCAGCAGGGGCCAAGCAGAGGCUGCCCUCGACUCAGGUCAAGGUGGUGCUUUCUCCAAUACCAGAACUAGAAGUGCCUUCCACGACCCAUCAGCACAAGCAGUAUACACGAACAUCCUUCUGAAGUCCUCUGAACAAGUUGGACAAAAUCCUUUUGAAGAAUACUCAUAACUUUAUUUUGGGACUGAGUUAACUGGUAAACCCCUGAGUCCAGUUGAGGAUGCACAAUAGGAAAUAGCAUCCUGGCUCGGGAGCACUCGUGGGACACAUGAGAUCAAAGAAAUGAGAGGUUUUUUCAGGAAGCCAUUAUGAGUCAUGGAAACAAGCUGAUGAAACCCAUGGAAAUAGGAAGGGAAUGCUUACUCUUCUUGAACAUCCAUCAUUACACAGCUAAGGAUGGCCCCGAGAUUUUGAUUUUGAGGAAUCAAAAAACAGGGUCAGGCUUUUCUCUACUUGGCUCAGGGUGCAGAUUCUGAUUUGAUGGGUUUUCCUGGCGGAUGGAUUGUUUCUCUUGGCAAGUCACUUCAAAGGGCCUGGGUUGUUUGUUUCUACAUUUGUUUGGAUUUAUAAAUCUUGCCUUUGAAACAUCCUCUGUGGCACUGAGGAUGUUUC